AAGACAACAUCGAGUAUGGUGUUAGCAACAGAACCAGAGCGUUAUAACACAUCUGGAUUCAGCAGUGGCGAACAGCAGAUGGCCGGCCAGCCAAUCAAAAAGCAGAAAGUGGGCGGGUCCCGCGCGCCGAUUGGCUGGCCGGCCGCAAAGCGCUCCCGUGUCUCAUUUUUGAUGCGUUCGCUGCAGACGGGACUCUUCUGUCUUCCCUGUAGCGGCACGACACGGCACGGCGUGACUACACCACCGCUUCACAGCCAUUCACACCGUCCACGGCGCCCUCUUUGCGCCCGACAGGCCGCAGACAGCACAACGAUGACGGAGGCGGAGGAGAAGAAGCAGCAGAAGCAGGAACAGGAACAGGAACGCACCUCCAGCAAUGGUCCCCCGGAGGCCUGCCGGGAAGAUGUUUUUGACCACACGUACAAGGAGCAGGAAGGCCCCAAACCUCCACUGGUCAUCGUGUGGCGGAACGUCAUCACGAUGACUCUGUUGCACACAGGUGCCGCCUACGGAGUGCUCCUCAUCCCCGCAGCCUUCACAGCCACCCUGCUUUGGUCCAUCCUUUGCUUUUUGGUAAGUGCAUUAGGAGUGACGGCAGGAGCUCACCGCCUGUGGAGUCACAGGUCCUACAAGGCCUCUUUACCUUUGAAGAUCUUUCUGGGCGUGGCGAACUCCAUGGCCUUUCAGAAUGACAUCUACGAGUGGGCCCGGGAUCACAGGGUCCACCACAAGUACUCCGAGACGGACGCCGACCCUCACAACGCGGUGCGGGGCUUCUUCUUCGCCCACAUCGGUUGGCUGAUGGUGCGUAAACACCCCGAGGUCAUCGAAAAAGGAGGCAAGCUGGAACUGAACGACCUGCUGUCCGACAAAGUAGUCAUGUUUCAGAGGAAGCACUACAAGAAGUCCGUGCUGCUCAUGUGCUUCUUCAUCCCCAUGUUCGUGCCUUGGUACUUUUGGGGGGAGACCCUGUGGGUGGCCUACUUUGUGCCGGCGCUGCUGCGCUACACGCUGGUGCUCAACGCCACCUGGCUGGUCAACAGCGCCGCGCACAUGUGGGGCAACAGGCCCUACGACAAGACCAUCAACCCCCGGGAGAACAAGUUUGUCACGUUCAGCGCCAUAGGCGAAGGCUUUCACAACUACCACCACACGUUCCCCUACGACUACGCCACCAGCGAGUUCGGCUGCAAGCUGAACAUCACCACCUGCUUCAUCGACUUGAUGUGCCUCCUGGGUCUGGCCAAGGACCGCAAGAGAGUGUCCCACGAGGUGGUGGAGGCCCGGAUACAGCGCACGGGCGAAGGCAGCUACCGCAGUGGCUAGUCGAUGUCGCUCAACCCCCUCAACCCCCGCGUCAGCCAUUUGUGGGCGCAUUCGGAAACCUCCACGAGUCCUUUUUUUGACGGCCGUUCCAUCUGGAAGACUCCACGAGGCCCCUCGGCCACAUUUUCUGCUUGUUUUUUUGUGGUUUUUGUAGCUUGUAAACUAAAUUUGUGAAGCCGGUUCAUUACGACAAAAAAAACCCCCCAACCGAGCACGUUAAUACGGAGCUCCUAAAGGGACAUGGGAGAAAUUAUUUUUGUAAAUAAUUUUUUAAAAUUUUUUUAGACAUGUACGAGAAACUUUUUAUAAAGUUAUAAAAAAA